AUGGAGACACUCAGGCGGAUUUUUCACUACCUCACCCAUCUGGAAUGGACGGAGCAAAAACAGCACGUCUGCAUAUUCUGCGACCGCAAAAAUUUCGCCGAAAUAGUAUACGAGGAUGCCCAAAUCGUUGUCAUCAAUAAUCGACGCCUGGCGGGGCAGACACACUGGCUCAUACUGCCCAAGGAACACGCCGUGAGAGAUAUUGAGAACCUCAACUCUUCGCAUCUAAAUCUCUUACAACGCAUGGAUGAGGUGAAACGCCAGCUCAUUCAGGAGCAAUGUCCCGAUGUACCCCCAUCUUGGAUACACUCUGGCUACCAUCGAGGACGACGACGGCUGUUAGGCAGCAUCUUCUAUCCCGACAUCAUCUCAAUUCACCAUCUGCAUCUCCACGUCAUAGUGAAACCCAAGCGGAUGCUUCUCUGGUUCAAGUACCCGCCUUGGCUGCGUCUCAUGUGGAAGUCAGACGCCAGAGUGCUUCGGGAAGUGGAAAUGCUAUCAUCAAAGCAGAUAUGA